GCCUCGUGGUGUGGGCGGUGCUGGUUGGCGCCCCUGGUGCCAGUGGCUGCUCAGUCCCGGUUGGUGCUGGCGGCUGGGGAGAUCAUGGCGCCCUCUCACGUCCUGCGCUGCUGCCAGCGGGUUGUGGGCUGGAUCCCGGUGCUGUUCAUCUCGCUGGUCGUGUGUUGGUCUUACUACGCGUACGUGCUGGAGCUGUGUGUCUGGACAAUAAAAUCAGAUACCGAAAAAGCUAUCUACAUGGUGGUUUUCCACAUGUUUUUUAUUAUGUUCGUGUGGUCCUAUUGGAAGACAAUAUUUUCAAGUCCUGCUAAUCCGUCCAGAGAGUUUUGCCUAUCUCAGUCUGACAAGGAGAAGUAUGAACGAGAAGAGAGGCAAGAGUUCCAGCAGGAGAUUCUUAAAAAGGCAGCUAAAGACUUGCCAGUCUACACAAUGACUGCGACCAAAGCCAUCAGAUACUGUGACAGAUGCCAACUGAUAAAACCCGACAGAUGCCAUCAUUGUUCGGCGUGUGAUGUGUGUGUCCUGAAAAUGGAUCAUCACUGCCCUUGGGUUAAUAAUUGCGUGGGAUUCUCCAACUACAAAUUCUUCCUGCUCUUCUUGUUGUAUUCUUUGUUGUACUGCCUGUUCGUUGCGGGUUCUGUGCUUCAGUAUUUCAUCAAGUUUUGGACAAAUGAACUUCCAGACACACGUGCGAAAUUCCAUGUUUUAUUCCUGUUUUUUGUGGCAGCAAUGUUCUUCAUCAGUAUCCUGUCAUUAUUCAGCUACCAUUGCUGGCUGGUGGGAAAAAACAGAUCAACCAUAGAGGCAUUCCGUGCGCCUACAUUUCGAAGCGGUCCAGAAAAGAAUGGCUUUUCACUCGGGUUUAGUAAGAACCUGAGCGAAGUGUUUGGUGAUCAGAAGAAGUAUUGGCUCUUACCAGUUUUCACAAGCUUGGGUGACGGCUGCUCUUUCCCAACACGUCUUGUUUCAGGAGAUCCAGAACUGGCUGCUGCCACAAGCCAAAAUGAUACUGCCAAACACACUAGCUCCACUCAGCCCUUCCCUCCAAGACCUCUCAGUGAGUCCCAAAAUCGACUGCUGGGGAGUGACAGCCAUUGGGCCGAUGGCAGUGUGGGAGAUGACGCAUCACAAAAAGAUGCGAGGAGUCACGUCUCAGUAUUAGUGGAAAGCUGAUGGGAACAAAAUAUCCUCUGAACAGGGAAAGUGACAGGGAUCGCAGCACAGGUUGUGCUUGACCAUCAUAUCCAGACAUUGGAGCUGCUCAGCAUGAAGUGCCAUAAUUCUAUCACAAAUGGCAUCUAAAGGCACAAACAGCAUUGUCUGGAAGCAUGGCCGAAAGAAAGGAAAAACCCUUUGCCUUACCAUUCAUCUAGUGCAUUAAUGCAACGUGAUCUCAUCCCUUACACAAUGACUUUGUUACAUAGAAAACUUUUAUUUUAUUUUUAAAUGUUUUUUUUUUUUUUUUUUUUUUUUAAUCAUAUUCAGUUUUAGCUUUAGCCUACAACAUAAUGGAGGGAUUUUAUCUAUCGUUUCUUUUCUGGAUCAUACCUUCAUAUUAAACACAAACUAGUGAUUGCCAAAAAAAAUUAACUUCCGGGCUAGUGCUGAUGCUACGACUAGCCUGACGGCCGUCUGGAUCGAAUGACCUAACAUUGUUCAUAAGGGCCAGUAGAUGGUCUAGUUGACUGAUCAGUAACUUGCCACAGGCAACGAUUGGAUGCAUUCAGCACAUAUUAGUAUUAUAUUGUUAUUUUAACAUGUUCACUUAUAUUGGUAAUAUGGAUUUACCUCUCAUAACCACCGUAGCUGGUCUAGGUGCUACCCUCAAGAUACAGAGAAAUCUCUUUAUCGUGUAUAAAGCAUGCAAUCUCUGUAUAUCAGGAGAUCGCUAGCAGGCAUCUUUAGGGAUUAAAACGGUUAAUUAGAGAGAGACUUGUUAAAAGGUUAUAUUAUAAAUUGUGCGAAAUGAGGCGUCUUCGCAGCCAACUAAGAUCUAUCAGUGUCGAAAUUUAAAAGGGCUAAGCGCAUGUCAUUUCCCAGAACCCUCUCUGUGGCAGCAGUGCAUACCCGGUGGCAUACAGAAAGCAGGCUUUCAAAUGCAUAUUGUGUCUCUCAUGAACACAGUGAGACUAAUUUAGCAGCAUGUGUUUGGUGACACUGGUACAUUGUAUAAUCAGACGCUGCAAUGGAGCAGGCGAGAAUGAAAUAUUUUGUACGGAGACAUUUAUUUAUACUGCUUUUUCUAUCUUUUUAUAUAUAUAUAUAAAAAAAUGAUUUUACCAUAAGAGUGUAAACGUUUAUGCAGAUGGCUGCAAAGAUUUCACGAACAUUUUGUAUGUUGAGUCGUUGUAGCAGCAUUAUUAUUAUUUUUUUCGUAUUAUUAUUUUUAUCUUUUUUUUUUUUUAAAGAAGCCAUAAUCAUUCACCCCUUGUUUAUAAAACAAUAUAGAGACUUUUUAGAGGGACAUAUUAGACGCCUAAACUGCAGCCAUGCAUUGAUCAGCAUAAUGCAAAAAUAAAUCUUUUUUUCAUGUUUUAGCUUGUUUUAAUUUUUAUAUUGCAUUUUGUUGGAUGCAUAGUUGCAUGAAACAAAUCUAUAAGGAUUCUGCUUGUGGUCACCUUUUCUAACAAAAAAUAAUUAGAUUGUGCCGACUUCUAUCCAUUAUAUAUAUAUGUAUAUAUAUAUAUAUAUAUAUAAAAA